GCAAAUACAAAUGAUCACCAGCCCGAGCACUUUUUACUGUUUUAUCGUGCUGAACUUGAUAAGCCUUGGUGGAACCAGGUAAAAAUAUAAAAUUUCAUCAAUUUCAAUUUUUUAGGUGGAGUGGAUAUAAUUUGUACUAAUUCCAUGAACUAUAAUGAUUGUAGGCGGUAUGGGAUCCAUAUCCGCCGGAAGUGGUUGAGUUGCAUCGUCUUAGACAUCCCGAGGAUGAAGAGACAUUGUUGUGCAAGGUGCCCUUAAUUUGCUGGCACAUGGUGGAAUGGCACAUGCUCGAUCGAGCGGAAGACAUCUUUUUUGGUGAGGCUUUUCAACAACCUGCUCUCUUGUACCCGAGAUCAAAGGAGGGAUGUCGUAUUAUACCCUCUAAUGCCUGCUCCGGCCCGACCUUCAUUCCGUGAUGAUGAGAGGAUCGUGCCCCCACAAGAGCCCCCGCGGAGGAGCAGAAGAAGGGUGAGAGCCAACAUUGAAGAGCUUCAUCCGACUCAACAAACUCAACUUCCUGAAAAAUGGCCACAUUGUGAGUGGGCAACUAGUACUGAGGGAACCAGAGGGUCGUCAAGCUAUAUCCCGACUCAGGAACAUGACAUGUUCUACCAUCAGCAACAAACUCCGAUGAACUAUCAGACCCCGCAACAACAACAUACAACAUCGACUUUCUACCACGCUUCUGGUUCAUCUCAGCAAAUUCCACCACCACCACCACCUGUGUACACUCUGGUGGGGGUCGGAUUAAGAGGAAUCCGCGAGCAGUUGUCCAGCGGGCUCGCGAAGAAGGAGGAGGUAUGGAAGGCGGCGGAAGAAAGGGUCGAGGACGUCGUGGAGGAAGAGGUAGAGAAGGGGAAGUGGAAGGAAAUGAAGACAACCAGUGAAAUGUCCAUGUUUAGUUAUGUCUUGUGUUGUUUUUCAUGAACUAUCUAUGUCGUCUUAAUUUAGUUUGGUCUUGUGUUGUUUUCCAUGAACUAUCUAUGUCGUCUUAAUUUAGUUUAGUCUUGUGUUGUUUUCCAUGAACUAUCUAUGUCGUCUUAAUUUAGUUUGGUCUUAUUUUGUAUUUUACCACCCAUGUUGUACCAAGAUAAACAACAUCCAUCAUCAUUACAAUCACUCAACAAGAUUAAAAUAAGAAGUCCAAC